AUGCGCUCUCGAACUGGCUGCUUAACAUGCCGAACUCGAAAGCUCAAAUGCGAUGAACAAAAGCCUGAAUGCUCACAAUGUCGCAAGGGUGGUCGAGAAUGUCGUCCCAGCGAAGGUAUUGUGUUUCGCCACCAGCAGAACGCAUCUAUGAAUAAGGAUCCUGCGUCAACACCGGAAGGUCGUGGCAAUCUGAAGGGUUUCUAUUCGUACAAGAACACAUUUGAUAAGGAUAGUGUUUGGCUUGACAUUCCAAAACACGUCAUCUUUGUCGACAAUUCUGAUCCAUACGCCGAUGACCUCGAGACCUCUUUAGCCGAAUCCAGUGCGAUGGCCUUGGCCCAAUCGCGAAAUCAGAGAUGGGGUAGUGGUUCAAGGGCAAGUGACGCAGAAACACAUGGCCUGGAAGCCUUGUCUGCGGUCGCAAGCCAUGAUCGCUUCCCAUAUUCUCCUCUAGAUCAUCCCUCCGUCUCCGAUAGCGUCUCAUACCCCUCCCCAAGCCGAUCGCGCGGCAGUGCCAUGCCUCCUCCCACAUCUCCCUCCAUGUCCUUAUCCGCCAGCAGUAAUAACACCAACAUCAACUUCCUCCUUAACCCGUCCCACUCUUUAUCUCCAUCGGUCGACUCCACAGCCCUUCAUGGUGUUGAUCAAAGGAGUACUUCGCUUCCCUCGAGACCUGCCGCGGUUCACACACCCGUAGAGCACCAACUAGAUUGUAAUGCCGAAACAGACUUCGAAGUGGCAUUCCUGUUGCGCCACUAUUCAGAAGGACCAGGCUUAUGGAUGGAUCUGUUUGAUCUGGGAACAUACUUCGCAUCAUAUGUUCCAGUAAGAGCAAUGUCCAACCCUUUACUUAAGUACGCCGCUUGCGCUUAUGCCGCAAAGCAACUCGGUCGCGUCAAGGGCGCCAAGGCAAAGAUGGGCGGUGUCUGCUCACGGCAAGCCGCCAUGGAGACUUGGCCUGGGAAAGAUGAUGAUUUCCUCUGGCAUGGAGCCAAGUAUUAUGAAAAGGCCAUCCAGCUGCUCAUGAAAGAGUUGCAACCUGAUGCAGAGGGGCCGCCUCCGCUGAGCACACCCGAAGCUUUUGGGCAAUGGCAGGCUGCGGAGCUUUGUGGUGAUGGGCAGAACCCUCGGAAGCGACGACGGCGAUUGUCAAAUAGUCGGCUUUCGCGUGGUGUUCAUUCGGAUGAGGUGCUGGCAGCGACUGCCAUCUUAUCAGUAUAUGAGUUUCUUGACGCGACCGGGCCGGCUUGGAAUCGGCAUUUAAGCGGUGUCAAAUCGUUGCUUGAUGUAGCUGAGGUUGGGAUCAUGCCAUUAGAGUCUCAGUCCGCGGAUGGAGACAGUCCGUAUCAUACAAUAAGGAAGUCUGGUCUUCCCAGGGCGCGAAAGGCGGCAUUUUGGAACUUUGCGCGACAGGACUAUCUGGCUGCUUUCAUCAAUGAGUGCCAUACGAGACUUAACACUGAAGACCUAGUCCUUUGGACCGAGGCUGGUCUGCGAAUGGAUCACAUGGGAUUUGUGCGUCCUAGUAAUAUGGCAGCGGCAGGAUACCCGGAAGGCGAUGAUUUCAUGAAAGAAGAUACCAUCUGCAACGCCUUGGUCUGGAUCUUAUCGAAGAUCGUCAACUUCAUCAGUUCCGGCGAUAACUUAACCAUGAACGAUAACCAAUCCGUCGACAGCGGGCCUCUGGGCAUAUCGCAGCAGGUUCUUCUUGAACGAUGGUACCGACUUGAAGCGGAGUUAGAUGCAUGGUACAGAGGCUUGCCAGACACAUUUCGCGCGAGUGCACGGAUUGAACCAUCGCAGUUAUCACAUUGUCACUCCUCCAAAGAAGCUAGUGAUUUGGUCACCCUGCAAGAAGUGUGGCAUAGUAUCCCCAUGUGUGCAUCCAGCAUGCAACAUUAUCAUAUGGCACGGAUCCUGCUUUUAAUUAAUAAACCGCAUGAAUCGACCAGUCGGCGGAACACAAUCACCCUCCGACUUCAAUCAUAUCGCUCCAUCGAGGCUGAGAUCGGGUUCCACAGUCGUGAGAUCGUCGGCAUUGCUCUUUCUCGUCCCGAUGGCAGUGUGCGGAUUAAUUCGCUGCAACCACUCUUUGUUAGUGGACAGUGUCUGACUGAUCCGCGAGAGCGCCGAGUUAUCAUUCGGUUACUGAGAGCUAUUGAGGCGGAUUUGGGCUGGGCUACCGAGUACCGGGUUCAACAGUUGCUUAAAGAGUGGAACUGGGAUGAGAGCUUUCUUCAACCGGCAGGUAGUUGA